AUGUCCUCAAUCAUGGCCGGGCGUGUUUCUGCGGUGGACGACUUACUUCGUAUUGCCAUUCCAAUCGCUGUCACGAGGUUUGGGUCUCAAGAUAUUGAAGGGGUGGCACAUCUUCCCGAAGUGAUGAGACCCCCGCCGGAGCAGAAGCCGACUCAGCUGAUCCCAAUAGAGUCAAGCGAGGAAGUCAGAGCUGUCAUGCUCAAGUUCGUUUCUGCCCUCCUGGAACGGUGCUCUGACGACGCUGUUCGGUUACACGGUCUCAAAGCCAUAGGUGCGGUAAUGAAGUGUGGCCCAUACAAAUACAACGCGGCUGUCGUGCAGAUGCUGAUGGGAUGGCACGAUCCGAAUGUUGUCCCCAUCAAGGCUUUCUAUGAACCUUGCUCAACUCAUAACUACCUUGCUCGGUUGGUGGCCGACCGCACUCCCGCAGUAAGAAUGUACUUCUACGAAACGAUCGUCCAAUGGCUCCAUCGUUACCAAGACAAAGGAGACUACGAAUCAUGGCUCUUCCCGUACCUCCUCACGGGUUUGUUCGACGAGAACACAUCCAUACAGAAACUCGUCUACUGGCUAAUUGAGAAGUGCGGCGAGCUCUACGAAAAGGAAAAGGAAAAAGAUAUCCGCUGUGUGUACGGCAGAGGCUGUGAGGUGCGCCAAAUGCAGGACCGAGGAUCGCUGCCUUUCCCCAUCGGAGGAAACCUGACUUCAAAUCGGACAAGCCCCAGUCGCCCAGCGAGUGACAGCGCCCUCGACGCAAAAUUCGUCCGCGAAUAUGAAACGCAAACGAGCAGCCUGACUGAGAUCGGACGCUGCAGCGGCCUGCGAGAGUUGCUAGGAGAGCUCGACGAUGUUUUGGCGAAGCCCCUGACGCGCCCGCGUCUCGGAUCCAGGUGCUGGGUCAAAGUCCACUUCCGUCGCUACGCCAAAGGACUCUUCAAGGAAGUCCUCGAUUUCAAAGAAGUCAAGAGUGAAAGCUCGUGCCGCCUGCUGGUGGCUUCAUUGGCGUACGUCGAGGAAUCCAUCACAGAAUGGCUGGAUGAAUUGGUCCAGUUCUGUUCCAACUUGUAUGCGAGGAAAGCCGUCCUUCCGAACGGCCUGUUGCCACUGUAUGACGAUGCUCUCAAGAUGGCUGGCGCUUACGUCGAUCCCGUCUCUUACUGGAAGCUGUUUGAGGAUGUCUUCGACGGCUCCGUCGCUGUUCUGAAAUCUGUUUGUGACAAGAUUCUGGAAGCACUCCUGCUGCGGAUUGACUGGCUCGUAGAGAGCUGCGGCAGGGAAGAACGCGCCGAAUUGUUUGCAGCCGCCUUAGCUGUGAGCGGAACCGUCCUCCAGAAACAGGAUCGACAGGAACCGAGCGGACAAUGCUUGCAAGAGACAGAGAACUCCCAGAGCGUCUUCAGAAUUCUGAAGACCUUGGUUGCCGGCCAGGCAGUACCGGGGGUGAGAGACUUUGAGGUCGUUGCAGCUUUUGAGGAUGCGCCCAAAGAGGCGUUCCUGGGCAUGAUUCACGCCCUUGUUUCUCUCCCUCCUUCGUCAUGCAAUACGGCUUCUCUCCGUUGUCUUGUCGCUAUUGCGCCGCCUGCGCUCACUCUUCACGAGAGCGUCUUCACGUCGCUUCUUGGCCGGCUUGGCCAUUUCCGACAGCGAACGCACCGCCAGCAGACUCGUCGACUGGCGUUGGAGACGGCAGUCCAUUGGAUUCAGCGUCUCCUGAAUUCGAGCGAGAUUGGCGCAAGCAGCUACGACGAACCUUGCUUAUUCGAGGGCGUCCAGCAAAUCGCCUCCCACAUCGUCCUCCCUCUAUUCUGUGGGAGUGACGGCUUUUGUGGAACCAAGGGAGAGCUGGAUUGUCUUCUACCUCUUGUUACUUCGGAAGAGCAAACCUCCUCGUGUGCGGCAAGAAAAGCGUACUUCCUGAUAACCAGCGGAAUACCCGAGGCGUUGGCGGACCUGGUCGCGGAUGAGACGGUGCAUCGCAGCACCUACGCGUCCGCUCUAAAAGCGCUCCGUCUGGCUUCCAUUUCAAAGUAUGGUGAAGUCAGGAACGACGACUGGUUGAGUGAAGUGCCCGUAACAACGAGGCGACAGACUCGACUUCAAGCCAUACAGACCUCAAGGCAACUGAAGCAAAAGGCAGUCACUCUAUUGUAUGGCGCAGUCGUUCAAGUUAUUCUUGGUUCUACCUCCUCAACCUUUUCGAGAGAAGCUGCCGACGUGCUCGACUGUUUAAAGCGGGUGUUCACGAAGACAAGGCACGCUCUCGUACCGGUGAAAGAGCUGACGAGGUGGAGCGAAAUGAACGAUUCUCACAAGGACGAGAACCCAGACAAGGUUCCACAGGACGACGAGAGCGCUACGGCGAACCAGAUUGCAUUCUGUGAUUCAGCUACCGGAGUGGCCAAGUGUUUACCCCUUCAGCCACUUGAUGGCGGGGUUGCAUUCUAUGCUGUCAACUUGCUUGGACUCGUCUUGCGUUCCGUGCAGCUCAUUGCUUCCCAGAGUCGAAAUGGGGACUGUGCAUGCAAACAUGAAGAGGGAGGCGCUGAGCCUGGGACUGAACAGGAGAAGAAGCUGUUGAUGUCAAUGCCGUGCCUGCGGGAUGGCCAAGACUCGCUCCAGGCCGAGAAACUUGCCAAGAGACACUCUUCUCUCUUCUAUUCGAGAGGCGGGUUCUUUCCCGGCGCCCGGGACAAGUGCAGUCGGCAGUGCCUCACCGAGUUCAUUCCUCAGUCAGAAUUCCACGAGCUUAUUGGCCACGCUGUUAAGAUAUACGUGGAGCUCGGUUCCAAGAUUCAUUGCGAAGGCCUCAAUGAUUGUCCUGCGACACCAGAAGACUUCCUUGCUCAUGACGAGCUUUUACCAGCAACGAGUCACGAGGUGCUCCGCAAGGUGAUUGUGGAGCUUGAAGGAGCAUCGGAAGAGAACAAACGCUUCAACGCUGCAGCGGCAAUAUCUGGCCUUUUAAUCUACCUAGUGUCCACAUUCCCAGGUAGGUGCCCUAGCAACCAAUUCCCAAUUAACAACUGA